AUGGGAUGCCGCAAGAGGGGGCCCAAGCCCAAGCCGCUGGUUGUGCAGCUCCCCUCCUUCGCCCGGCGCUCCAACAUCCUCUCGGGGCUGCAGGACCCUGCCGCGGACAACCGGCCCAAGCUGGACCUGAGCGCCUCCGGCAAGGGCCAGCAGCACCAGUACGAGCUCAACAGCAAGAAGCACCACCAGUACCAGCCCAACGGCAAGGAGAGCAGUGUGAAGCACCAGUCCCACAGCAAGGGGAAGUAUUACUACCAGCUGAACAGCAAGAAGCACCACCACUACCAGCCCGACCCCAAGAUGUACGAGCCCCACUUCCAGCCCGGCAGCAAGGAGCCGCCGAGCCAGGGCUGCUUGGACCACAGCAAAAGCCCCUUGGUUGCUCACCCGGAUAAAUGGGGCCACAGCCCCGCCAAGAGCCUGCUGAGCCCGGUCAAGAGCCUGUCCGCGGAGGGCAAGAACGGGGCCGAGAAGAACCUGUCCAGCGGCACCGGGCCGCCUCCCCGGGACAGGGUGGCCAGCAACGGCAUCGGGGGCAAGAUGAAGAUCGUCAAGAACAAGAACAAGAACGGGCGCAUCGUCAUCGUCAUGAGCAAGUACAUGGAGAACGGCAUGCAGGCGGUCAAGAUCAAGUCCGGGGAGCCACCCAGGAAGCGGGCCUCGGAGGAGAGGACUUCCAAGAAGGGCGGGGAGGAGAAGCAGGAGGCCUGGAGGAAGCCCGGGGAGGAGCGGGUGGCAGGCGCGGACCCCCCCAGCAGGGCCGAGGGCGAGUGGGGCCCGCCGCCCGCGCAGCACGAGGAGACCCCCCUCGCCAAGGAGCCCCCGCCCUGCGAGCAGCCCCUGCAGCUCACCACCAAGCCCGACCUCGUGCCCUGGUCCCUGGAUCCCAGCCGGGAGCACAGCCCUUCCACCAUGGGACUGAACCUCUCCGGCUCGGGCUCCAGGAAGCGCUGCCUCUCCGAGCCCCACGGGGACAGGGAGCCGGGCAAGAAGCGCCUCACCUCCCGGAGCAUCAGUGCCCCCACCUGCCUGAGCCCCCCGGCUCCCGAGCGGCCCGAGCCCCCUCCCUCGGCCACCGCCCAGCCCGAGGUCAUCCUGCUGGAUUCGGACCUAGACGAGCCCAUAGACUUGCGCUGCGUCAAGCCGCGGGGCGAGGGCGAGCUGGCCGUGGCGCAGGUGAAGCCGGAGGAGCCUCCGGUGUUGGAGGAGAAGCCGGGCGCCGAGGCCCCGCCGCAGCAGCGGGAAGAGGAGGAGGCCGAGCCCCUGCAGGAGUUCAAGCCCUUCUUUGGGAAUAUAAUUAUCACGGACGUGACCGCAAACUGCCUGACCGUGACCUUCAAGGAGUAUGUGACGGUGUGAGGGGGGCCGGCCGCUCCCCGCAGGGAGGUACGCUGACGUUCCCGGGGCCGCCCGCUCCGCCAUCCCCCUCCACGGUAUUGCCACUGGCCUGGAGCCCACCGCCCUGCCCUCCCCGCGCGGCGACCGCGGCGCUCCCGCCGGGCCCUCCCUGCCCGGGCGGAGGGGAGGGCAGGGCACAGUGACUGCCCCUGCUAUGCUGGGGGCAUCCUCUCCUGCUGCUCCGGCCCGGCGGUCCCGCGGCCGCGCGUGGAUGAGGCCCGCCAGUUACUCAGAGUUGCAUAGUAUUAUAUUUUAACAGUGCUAACUUGUUGAGUGGUUCUUGCUCCCGUUUGUACGUGGUGUUCUUGAAAUGUAUUGUUCGAGCUGAAAGCUGGUCGCCCGGCCAUGCUAAUAUAUUUAUUUGUAGGUAUUUAUAUAAUGAAAUAUAAAGCCUAGAUUUAUGGAGUCUCUAGAUCACCUUAUAAACUAUAUCAAACAAAUAUUUUCUGUUCUCCUUUUUAACCAGUCAGCAUUUUAGUCUCAUUCCUUUCCGCCCCCUUCAUGAACUGCAGGACCAUUCCCUGGUAUAUAUUUUUUGAUACUGUACACACGUGUUGUUUCUAUGUGCAAAGUUCGUUAUCUAAAGCUAAACAAGCUAUUAUAGAAACUGCUGCUACUAGAAAUGUCUAAACCUAUAAGCUUCCAAUUAUUAAUUGCUUGAAUGUAAAUAUUAAAUGGAGAUGUUGAAAGUGCAUUUGAUGUUCUGCAGCUAGCUUAGAGUGGAUUGCAAAGACCAGCUGUUAGAAAGAAGGUGGAGCCUGAGCUGCCAGUCGCACUUCCUGCUCUAAGGGCUGUAUCAUGGAGGACGAAAAUGUAUCAUGCAAUCAUUGCAAAGGACUAUAAACCUUUACAAAAAUGA